AUGUCGGCAUCGGCAUCAACACAAUCCUCUUCACUUCCUCCAUCAUCGAGCGGGGCGUCGUUCCCUCCAUCGUCAUCGUCGUCUUCUUAUUUCAGCUACCAACCACCACCAGCCUCGAACAACAACACAUCACCUGUCUUCCUCCCCUCCUCCCGCGCCCCGCCUACUGCUCUUCGUCCUCUCCCUUCGUCGUCUUCCUCACCAGCGAUAACGGCUACCCCACACCAUUCCGACCUCCUCCCCCCUUCAUACACAUUCCACACCGCCACGCCUCUCCCUGCAUCCUCUUUCAUCGCGCGCUACCCAUCCACCAUCAUGCCCUCCUCAGCGUACCUUUCCGACCAGCUCAACGCCUACGCUCACAUGGGCCUGCCGAAGCCACAUGUCCAUCUGCUGGGCCCGCCGCUCGAGGUCGCGCUCGAUGCGAGAGGACGAGGCGGGCGGGCGCGGUGGGUCCGGAGCGGGUGCAGGCCGAAUGCGGUUGUCAGGCCGUUUUUGUGUGAGCCUGGGUCGAAGAGGGGUAAGGGGAAGGAGAAUGUGGUAGCGGAGGACGAGCAGGCGUCGCAGAAAGAGAAGGAGGGCUCACCUUCGGAGAACCGGAAGGAGGGUGGUGAUGGCGAGGAGAGCGACGAGGAUGCGCUUGCGUUUGGGGUGUUUGCGCUGCGGGAUCUCAAGGCGGGCGAGGAGGUUGUGCUCGGGUGGGAAUGGGACGAUGGGAAUGUGGUGCACCAGUUGCCUGCGCUUGUGGAGAGUCCACAUUUGUUUGCGUGA